CAGAUUGCAGGAAAUAGUCGAUUAAUACAAUGAGUUGAAUAAGCUUGCCAUCCCUAAGCUGAAUAUAUUAGCACAGAUAUUUCUUGUUAUUAAUCGUGGAAGUAUACGAUUGGAAUAAUCAGAAGCAAAUAUUUUUAUAUCUAUGAAAAGUGUAAAGUUCCCUGUCAUUGUUUCAAAUCAUUCAGUCAUGCUUUCGUUGUGUGUUUUUCCGCGAGUUGCUUCGAAGCUUAUACUUCGUCGUGAUCUAUUUCCAGAAUAUAUGACAACAAAAUAUAGAACAAUUUUAAAGUGUGUGAAAUUGUAUACCGUGUCCAAAACAGCUACUUUCAUCCAAUCACAAAAUGGAAGUCAAGUAUUGAAUAUGAGUAUUUGGGAUGAUAUACCCAUACACUUAGUUAAUGUUCGAGCUAUUAGCAAUUGCUUAAGUGUGUCCUCAUCACGGAAUGUACUUACGACACAAAAUAAUCUUUGUAAUACUGUGUUAAGACCUAAAACACGAUUAGGUUAUAAACCACAAACCGUCGGGGACUUCGAUAUGCUGUAUAAGUUAACACAGGAAAAAUUUAAAUCUAAGAAACUUCCGAAGGAUGUUAAUCCCUGUGGUGUAUUUGCCAACAAUGAACUGGAUUUGGAGGAAGUUGAUGUGUAUGGUUUCGACUACGACUACACGCUCGCGUGCUAUAAACCUUGCUUACACGAUUUGCUAUACAAUUUGGGCCGCGAUAGAUUAAUUCAAAAAUUUAAGUAUCCCGAAAAUAUUUCUAAAUUGGAGUACAUUCCACGGUUUGCAGUGCGUGGCCUUCAUUAUGAUAUUGAAAAAGGUUUGCUUUUAAAGCUAGACUCGUUUCUUCAAAUACAGUUGGAGUCUGUUUAUCGUGGACUCACAAAAAUCCCUGAUUCAGAAGUACUAAAGCUUUAUAGAAAUCGAAUUUUACCCAUCGCAUAUGUUGAGGGCCAAUCAAAAAACCACCAGCCAAAUGCCAAGGCGAAAAUGGUUCAGCUAGCUGACUUGUUCUCUGUUCCCGAAAUGUGUCUUUUAUGCAAUGUAGCCGAGUAUUUUGAAAGAAAUCAUAUCGACUACAAUCCCGAAAUUCUAUUUCAUGACAUAAAAUCAUCAGUGCAAUCUUGUCAUCCGAUUAUGCACGAAAUCGUUAUGAAAAAUGUAGGAGAUUAUAUUGAGAAAAAUUCUCGGUUACCUGAAUAUUUUAAAAAGUUGGCAAAUGCGGGCAAAAAACUAUUUCUUGUAACAAAUAGUCCAUUUUCUUUUGUGAAUUGUGGGAUGGCUUUAUUGGUCGGUGACAAGUGGCGCGAACAUUUUGACGUUAUAAUAGUUCAAGCACGAAAACCUAAAUUUUUCACAGAUGAUUCACGUCCCAUCCGAUUAUAUGAUGAAACAACCAAUUCACAUGUUUGGGAUCGGGUUUCAAAAUUGGAAAAGGGAAAAAUAUAUUAUGAGGGAACCGUAAAACAACUGCAAGAUUUAACAGGGUGGCGUGGUCAUAAUGUACUAUAUUUUGGUGAUCAUCCCUAUAGUGAUUUAGCUGAUGUAACAUUAGAGCAUGGUUGGAGAACUGGUGCAAUUAUAAAUGAACUCACGCACGAGAUUGAAACUCUUAACAAUGUUAAUUUCAAACGAAAUGCAAAUUGGCUACAAAUGCUAACACAUCUCAUAGAAGAAAUUCAGGAUUAUGAAUGUGAACCUGCAAAAAUUUGUUUAGAAAAAUGGCAAUCGGAACGGGAUAUGCUUAGGAACCAAACCAAAAUGGUUUUCAACAAGCAGUUUGGCAGUGUUUUUCGGACAUAUCACAAUCCAACGUAUUUUUCACGACGUCUUUUUCGUUUUGCUGAUAUUUACACUAGUGAUAUAACAAACUUAGCGAAUUAUUCUGUUUCUCAUACUUUUUAUCCUCGGCGAGGUGUAAUGCCACAUGAAUACAUUUCGUAUUUUAUGUAAAUGUUGUCCUUAGUUUAUAAACGAGGUUAAAGUACUGUUAAUUAAAAUAUUUACCUAUAUA